AGUGUUGCUCAUUUCUUGUGCACAGAGCAUAAUGUGCUUGGAUACAUAGCUUAUCAUUUCUUUGAUCUGGCAAUCCACCUACGCAUUUUGUGAUUCCCAAUGGACACCACUAUCAGCCAUCUUGUUAACAGCACUGGCAGGCAGCUCACCAUGGCCACAACUAUUCUUUCCUCCGUUGCUUUCAGUGGAAUAAGUGAGAGAACAUCUGUAGAAGACUUACAGAGCUCUACUACAGCAUCCUUCACCGAUAGCAUCACUGUAAGUCUCCCAGAAUACUACGGUUACUAUGACUACCCUGAGGAUGGCUAUGGGCUGUGUUUGCAUGAGCGUCACGGAGCAAAGUUUCUUCCAGCCCUCUAUGCCAUUUUCUUCAUCCUUGGCCUUCUGGGUAACUCUCUGGUCAUCUGGGUCAUCGUUUGUGGCGCGCGACUCCGCAGCAUGACCGACGUGUGCCUGCUAAACUUGGCUGUUGCUGACCUUCUCUUGGUGUGUACCCUUCCCUUCCUAGCCCACCAAGCCCGGGACCAGUGGGUGUUUGGGGAUGCCAUGUGCAAAGUGGUCCUGGGUAUUUAUCACAUUGUUUUUUACUGUGGGAUCUUCUUCAUCAGUCUGAUGAGCAUCGACCGGUACUUGGCUAUAGUACACGCCGUUUAUGCUAUGAGAGCACGGACGAGGUCCAUUGGAAUGAUCGCAGCUGCUAUUACAUGGGUGGCUGGAUUUUUGGUUUCUUUCCCUGACAUGAUCUUUCUCAAGCAGCAGACUGUUUCUAAUAUGUCUCAGUUCUGUUUCCCUGAAUAUCCAGAAUCUUUCAAUGACACACUUUCAUCCAGCAGGCACUUCUGGAGGCUCUUCAACCUUUUCAAAAUGAACAUUUUGGGUCUAUUUGUCCCAGUUUGCAUCAUGGGUUUCUGCUAUUCGCAGAUUGUGUGGAGGCUGCUGUACAUCCGGUCAUCCAAGAAACAGGCCAUCCGUUUAGUUCUCAUAGUGGUAGUUGUUUUCUUCUGCUGCUGGAUCCCCUACAACAUUGCUUCCUUCUUCAGUGCACUGGAGCUAUUGCACAUCUAUACUUCAUGCAACAGCAGCAAAGCCAUCAGAUUGGCUUUACAAGUCACCGAGGCCAUUUCCUACUCUCACAGCUGCCUCAACCCCAUCCUGUAUGUGUUUGUCGGGGAGAAGUUCAGGAGGCACUUGCUGAGGUUGAUGAACAGGUCUCCCUGCAAGCUGUGUCAAAUGGUCAAGGUCUUCAUACCUCAGGACAGAAACACAUCAGUCUACUCACAUACCAGCAGCCUGGACGAGAGGAGCACUGCUGUGUAAAUGUGUGUUCCUGUUAUUUCUAUCUGAAAUUAUUGCUAUAAUAUCGUAUCGUAUCAAGAUCGUGAACCCAGUAUCGUGUAUCGUAUCGUGAGCUGAGUGAAUCGUCAGUAGUGCGGCAGCGGCACUGUCCCAGACAUGAAUGUCAACCAGGGCAGAUUGACCUCAGUGUGGCGAUGUUUGCAAACCUACUCGACCCGUCUUGCAAAACGGACCCCGUCUCCUUUACCACGCUUUCUGGAUGUACCUUUUUUUGGUGUCAUCACCAUUCAUAUCUAUACAUCCAAUGUGUUCAUGAUUUGAAUUGCUUACAAGAGCACAAAGUUCUUCAGAGACCUAGCAUUUUAAUUUUGCAUCAGAUUGAUAAAUUUAACUUUAAAAUGUAAGCUACAAAAUUUUCUUUCUAAAUGCAUGAUGUUUCCAAAGUCAAUGAGUAAUCGUGUUAAAUAAUUGUCAAUCUAAUCUCAAUAUUAUGCCAUAAUCGAGCAAACUGACGGGGAAGUGACUUCUGUUAUGUACUUGAGAGAUACAAGCCUUAUCUUAUGGCCUCAUGAUGUUGUAAUAGUUACAUGCAAGCAAACACAGUGUACCCUUUGCUAUUUUACCAUUUAUAUUUAUAUGUUUUUAUACUUUUAUAAGUUCUAUAAGCGACGUAAGAAUGUAUUAUUGAUUGUACUGUAAAUAUAUUUUUGUGAGAUUUUUUUCUGAAUUGAGGAUGAAACAGAAUGUGCACCUGCAAUAGGUCAGAAAUUGUUUUAAAUUUUUUUUUUUCGUUUUUAACCACGCUACUGGCUGAAGCUGAAUAGAAACUGUGUCAACUAUAACAGCUGUCAACAACUUCCGCAUUAAAAGCGUCAGUAACCUCAUUUAAUCAUCAGCUGCCAAAAGAAAUAACAGACGUAUUGUAACAAGUAGGAGCCAAACUCAGACACUGACCAUUUCCUUGUAUUCAAACAGCAUUAAGAGAAGUGAAAUAAAUGUAAACUUUUAUUUGCACGUUAUGGCCACUCUCACAUCAGUUUUAUGUACCAAACUGUUGCACGGCAAGUGCAGCUGGAAACCAAUAUUGCAUGUUUCAUAGCAUUAGUAACAGCAGAUUUGCACACAACCUCAACCUAGAGGAAACCACAACCUGAAAGAGCCUGCACGAGUUGUCAGUUUAACCUCUGCAGUCUGUGCACAGAUGAGCAUUUCGCUGUCAUAUUUUCAAAUCAUUAUACUCUAUAUGCUGUCAUGCAGACUGACAAAGAAUCCCAUUCAAUCAAUACACAGUUAAAGUUGUUCAUUAGACUCUGUCCCUGUGGAAGGCAUUUUGAAUUCACAUCAGCCAUGGGAUUAGAAUAGAAACUCUAUGAACAUGCAGAAAGUCAAAGUUCCUCCUUCCUUCUGAGCUUGUUCCUCAAUACAUUUUCUCAAAAGGUUUCUUUCAUUACUGCAUUCUACUGACAGUUGAGCUGUUCUGCAUUGUAGUGAAGAUAAAACAUAUUCUAUGUUAGUAUUCAACAUUUCCCAUGAGUCAAAGACACAGUAUUUCUGUCAGAACCACAUGGGAGCUCUUUUUGUUGAAGUACAUUUAAAUCAGCAGGAUUCUUUAAUGUACAUUUUUACAGUGAUUUUGUGUUGCACUCUCAUAGAGUUUAGUAACUCGAGUAACUCCUACACCUCCUUCGCUGCCUGCUAAAUGCUCAUGUUUGUUGAACUCCAUGUUUGUAAUGCGGGCUUCCUGUUACCCCUGAUGCCCAAACUGAUAUACCCUGAUGGCAUCACUAUGUCAUAAUCAGGGGUGAUAUUCUCAGACCACGAAGCACCUUCAAAGGGGUAGUCUAGUGGUUAUGAUGCAUACAACUGCAACAUCCUUGCUUUGAUUCGAGCUGGGGACAGUUGUUGCACGUCAUCCCUCUCUCUCUUCCUGCCUUUCAUUACUGUAGCUCUACCAUCACUAUCAAAAAAAGGCAAAAUAACAACAAAAAUAUGCUUAGAAAAAACGAAGCUCCUUCAAAGCCAAGACAUGCAACUGUUUUCAUACACAAACGAGUACUAACCUUCAUUGUAAAAAGACUUAGACAUGUAAAAUCCGUGCAGAGCCCCUUAACAGUACAUGUUCUCAUAAAUGACAAGUAUUCAGGUUGAAAAUCAACAGUGGCCCCUAAAUGCUAGUGCAGUCAGUAAAGCUACCCAUGUUUUCAACAUUUUCAUUUGCUGAAUUACAUCAUAUGACAUUUUCAGUAAUGAUAUCAAUGGUAUCUUUACUAAUUUAUUAUUUUUUAUAAUAUUAUUUUUUUAAUUUUCUACUCUGUUCUUUUUAUUAUACAUAUUAUAUUUAAUAUGCUGAUAUAUGCAAAGCAGCAUUUUUUGUAAUGUUAUGUUCAAUAUCUAUGUAUCAUAUUAUUAUCAAUAAAAU